AGCGUCAACUUAUUUUACCUUAGCUGUUCCGAGAUAGCAAACCAAACCUUCGCCAAAUGCAAUACUUCUUCUUUUUUUUUAGCAUAGCUUACUGUUAAACACGUUCACAUUAUCUGUGUAGAUUAAUUAUUCUCUCGAGAAGACUAUGGAGUCUAGUGAUACAGGACGAGGAGGCUGGAGGGCCAGACCUCCAAAAAACAAAAUGAGUCUGAAUAUUCUCCGUCAAGAGGAGCUUAUUGCUCAGAAGAAGAGGGAGAUAGAGGCCAAGAUGGCAGAGCAGGCAAAAAAGAACGCACAAACCCCUACCAAGCCCCUGUCUGAAAGUUGUUCCAGCCCGCAAGGACCCUCUUCAAACAAAUUUGUGAAUGAUGGCAGCUUCUUACAACAAUUUAUGAAGAUGCAGAAGGACAAAUCUCACCCUGUUACUGGUCCAAACAGUGAGACCAAAGUUCCCUCUACUCAGAUUUCAUCACCAGGCGGAAACUCACAGACUAAAAAGAGCAUUCUCAUUGGCAAGCGGCCUGGUCUAGGAAUUGGUAGUAUGCUCAGUCAGUUUAAGAACUACUCCCAUACCAAGAAGAAUCCUGUCCUCAGCCAGAGGCCUAGUGUGUUUUGUUCACCAGAUGGUGAAGAUGAGGAAGAAGAGGCUGAUGAUUCCAACUUCCUGGAGAUGAAAGUCUCUUCCCCAGAGGACCCGGACACCAGACUGAUUCUGGACAAAUUGGCUUCGUUUGUGGCAGAGGGAGGACCUGAGCUAGAAAAAAAGGCCAAGGAGGAUUAUAAGGACAAUCCUGUUUUUUCGUUUUUGUAUGAUAAGAACAGCAGAGAUUACCUGUACUACAGGAAGAGAGUUGCAGAGUUCAGAAAGGAUUUGCCAAAACCUCAGAUUACAUCAGAUAAUGUCUCCCCCUCAGUGGACGAGGAAACCCAGCAGGUGGCUGAGAAGCUCGCCAAGUUUGUGGCAGAGGGUGGCCCUGAAGUGGAAUCCAUGGCUGCCGAGCGCAACCGCAACAACCCCGCAUUCAGUUUUUUGUAUGACAAACAAAGUCCAGCAUACCGCUUCUAUAAAGAUAAAGUGGAAGAGUAUCGUCAGGGCAAAGCCUCCCAGAACCCUCCAACUUCAGAAGCAGAGUCGGGGAAGGGAAUCCCGCAACCAGCUGCACCUCCACUGCCAGUUGUACCUCCACUUCUACCCACCCAGUACCCCAACCUACUCAAUCAGGUGGACUCCGCAACUCUACCCCAUAGUCAGGAGGUGGUGACCCCUCCUGUCAAACGGAAGAGGAAAAGCCGAUGGGGGUCAGAAGAGGACAAAGUGGAACUGCCCAUUCCUCCCAUCAUCAUCCCUCAGGAGGCCACUGACAUUGCAGAGGCCAACACGCCCUCUCUUUCUGCCCAGGAGCUCAGGGGUCUGGGGUAUAAGAAAGGGAAACCUGUUGGUCUGGUAGGAGUGACAGAGCUAUCUGAGGAACAGAAAAAACAAAUCAAAGAACAGCAAGAGAUGCAAGAGAUGUAUGACAUGAUCAUGAAGCACAAGCGUGCAAUGGCAGAGAUGCAAGUGAUGUGGGAGAAGGCCGUGAGAGAUCACCAACACGAGUACGAUAGCGAUGAGGAGGUGGACUGUGAUGCAGGCACCUGGGAACAUCGUCUUCGCAAGAUGGAAAUGGAGAAGACACGCGAGUGGGCAGAGUCUCUGACAGAGAUGGGGAAAGGGAAGCAUUUUAUUGGUGACUUCCUGCCCCCUGAGGAGCUUGACAAAUUCAUGGAGACCUUCAAGGCACUCAAGGAGGGCCGUGACCCAGACUACUCGGAAUACAAAGAGUUCAAGUUGACUGUGGAGAACCUUGGCUUCCGGAUGCUGAUGAAAAUGGGUUGGAAGGAAGGUGAAGGACUGGGUAAUGAAGGACAAGGUAUCAAGGCUCCUGUUCACAGGGGAACUACAGCAAUGAAUGGGGCAGGGUUUGGAGUUGACCGACCAGCAGAGCUCACAGGAAAUGAUGAUGAGUAUGAUGCGUUCAGGAAGAGGAUGAUGCUCGCGUACCGCUUCAGGCCCAAUCCAUUGAAUAAUCCACGAAGACCAUACUACUGAUGGGGAGACACAUAUUUGCACAUUUUCCUCUCGUGACACAAAUUCGGGCAUAAAACAGUGGCUAGAGUUCGCACAAUUUUGCCUGGUUGGGAGGGAAAAAAGCCUGCGGUGGGUUUAAGCUGAUGUGGAGGCUUUACCCAGUUCAGUUGCUCCUCAGUUAUGCUGAUUCUGAAUUAGUUAAAAUUCUGUCUAGUUUUAGUGGAAUAAUUUUACAUUACUACAGCUAUUUGGUCCGGAGAUUAUUGAUGGCUAAUUUGUUACAUUUUAAUUGAACAGUGUAAUAACUUCAAACAGACAUAUAAUUUGUUGAUUGAAUCGUUGUCCCCUUUCAUCUGUGUCUGUGUUCUCUUUUCAAACUUUAAUUUGGGUUCUUAACCAUCAUUCCUCCAUUGAUCCAUAUUUGCGUUAUCUCACUUUUUUAUUGUUCUCACUUGAGUGAUUAUUUGGUUAGUUCCCGUGGUAUUAGGCAAAGUUUGCAUCUCUUUACUAUAUGCUACAUUGUAAACAAUAAAAGUGGCC